ACCGCCACUGAUAACAGCCGAAUUGUUUAUAAAGUUUCUAACUAAGCCGAACGAGAAUGCAAUGUGGCGGUAUCAGCUGCUGAUAAGCACUGGACCCACCCCGCGACGCACGACCUCCAAACGACGAUGACUGCCACAAAGAAGCGCCUGAAGAUUGUGGCGGCCGCCUCGCUGGUCCUCCUGCUGCUGGUUUAUCUGUACCGGGCUGUCAGCGUUUCGAGGGGCGGAGUGUCCCCCGUUUCCUUGACCGCCGGCGAGGAGCUCCAGGCCCGCUGGCCGCCCACGGAGAGUCCGCUGCAGAGGAGCCUGCAGAUGGCCUACGAGGAGCAGAGCUCCCUGAUCCGGGAGCAGAGGGCCGAGCUGCAGCGCACCAGGGAGCAUCUGGCCCAGUUGGAGGAGCAGAUUCGCAGUCUGCAGACGAGCACUCCCCGCAAGUACCCCAAGGUCAAGUACCUCAAUUACAAGAACCGCAAGCGCAUCCUGAUCACCGGCGGAGCUGGCUUCGUGGGCUCCCACCUGGUCGACGAUCUGAUGGUCCAGGGUCACGAGGUCAUCGUGGUGGACAACUUCUUCACGGGACGCAAGCGCAACGUGGAGCACUGGCUGGGGCACGAGAACUUCGAGCUCAUCCACCACGACAUCGUGAAUCCGCUGUUCAUCGAGAUCGAUGAGAUCUACCACCUGGCAUCGCCGGCCUCUCCGCCGCACUACAUGUACAAUCCGGUGAAGACCAUCAAGACCAACACCAUGGGCACCAUCAAUGUGCUGGGCCUGGCCAAGCGCGUGAUGGCCAAAGUUCUGAUAGCCAGCACCUCGGAGGUCUACGGCGAUCCCACGGUGCAUCCCCAGCCGGAAACCUACUGGGGCCAUGUGAAUCCCAUCGGACCAAGGGCCUGCUAUGACGAGGGAAAGCGAGUCUCCGAGACCCUCAGCUAUGCGUACGCCAAGCAGGAAAAGGUGCAAGUGCGCGUGGCGCGAAUCUUCAACACUUACGGGCCCAGGAUGCACAUGAACGAUGGACGCGUUGUGUCCAACUUUAUACUGCAGGCGCUGAGGAAUGAAACGAUCACGGUGUAUGGAAACGGCAAGCAGACGCGAUCCUUCCAGUACGUAUCCGAUCUGGUGGACGGAAUGAUAGCCCUGAUGGGGUCCAACUACACGCAGCCGGUGAAUUUGGGCAAUCCCGUGGAGCAGACGAUCGGCGAAUUCGCCGAGAUCAUCAAGCAGCUGGUCGGCGGGCCAAGUGUGAUAAAGCAAACGAAGGCCGUGGAGGAUGAUCCGCAGCGCCGGAAACCGGACAUCACUCGGGCCCGGCAGUACCUCCAUUGGGAGCCCAAGGUUCCCCUUGAGACCGGCCUGCAGCGGACCAUCUCCUACUUCCGCAACGAGCUGGCGCGCAGCGACCGCUUCCAGGAGAGCUCCAACAAGUACUUCGACACACCGUAAAACAACACCGUAGCAUUAAUUGGGUCUAGCUUUAGUUGGUGAUGAUGCAACGUCUCUAGUCUGCAACUGUAAAUAUGACCAUCGAUAGUACUAUUUAUAAGCCCGUGGGAUCUUAGCCUGGUUCCGUGUGUAAAGUUUUUGAUAUAUCUAACCAAUAGAUGUGUAAUGUAUCGGGAGCCACUAAUGUACAUAUGCGAUCAAAUUUGUAGCACUAAAAUUAGGGAUUAUAACUUCAAAAAGUAUUUUGGUAUGUAACAAAUUCACAUUUAUUAAAACCACAUUUAAGAACACUAAUAUAACAAUUCUUUUUGCAAAUCUAAGGAAACGAAACUUUAAAUCCUAAAUAAAACACAGAACUAAAGAAUAUCGUUAGGCUAUGCAAUUUGAGUUGUAUUAAAAGUGCUACUUCAUUUGACCGCAAGUGUACUGCAUACACAAAAAUCACUGGGAAACAUGAAACUGACAAGCAGUAUAUAGUCCAAUGUAAUGUUUCUACUAAGUAAGUUAAAAGGGCCUUAAAGUUACAUACCACGUUUCAUCGAAAGGUUAUGAAUCGCAUAUCAAAACCAGUGAGAAUCGAUUUGAACAAAUUAUUGGAGAACUGUGACUCAUUUACAAAGGGGGACGUACAACACCCUUGCACCUUUAUCGAGUGUACACACGUCGCGAUUCUAGGCUUAAGUAGAAUUUUGAGUUGCUGUAGUUUGUAGGUCAUUAAAAAGAGUUUUUUCUCUGCGAACUUAUCUUA